UAUCAUUCAUUCGGCUCGUACUUGUCAAUUUUUAUGCUUCGAUGAUGGAUGUUGAUUGUGUUAAAAAAUUAGAAUUUGUGAAUUAAAUAUUCAUCGAAUCGGUUUGUGCAAGUGUAUCCAUCGUAUCGAUAGUGUUAAAAGUUUAUUCGGUUGUGCUGAAGUACAAGAAUAAUAUUAAUUUAGAUUCAAAAUCAAUAACUUAAGAGUGUUGUUUACAUGAAUGGGAACGUCUGACACGAUGGCGUCUACUACGAUGAUCGAGACUGUCACCAUAACUCGCCCAUUGAAGGUGAUCGCGUUAAUCUGCGGGCUGCUAGUUGUGGUGCUGAUGGUGCUGGGGCUAGCGUCCGCAGACUGGCUGAUGGCAGCGGGCUGGCGGCAAGGCCUCUUCAUGCACUGUAUCGACCCGGACGCGCCCACGCCGCUGCCCUUCGACAUAGUCGCCCAGCCAGGAUGUUAUGCAGCUAGACCCGCAUCAUACAUUAAGGCGGCGGCGGGGCUGUGCGUGGCGACGCUGGCGGCGGACGUGUGCGGCGCGCUGCUCACCGGGCUCGGCCUGCGCUCCGCAGACCAUCGCACCAAGUUCAGAUAUUACCGAUUCGCUGUACUCGCUAUGGCACUCGCAUUGAUGUGCAUCUUGAUUGCGCUGGUGAUUUACCCUGUAUGCUUUGCGGCGGAAUUGAAUCUGGGUAACAGAUCGGUGUGGGAGUUCGGCUGGGCGUACGGCGUGGGGUGGGGCGCGGCCAUCUUCCUGUUCGGCGCGGUGGUGCUGCUGCUCUGCGACAAGGAGAGCGAGGAACUCUACUAUAAGGAACGAAAAGUGGUGAGCGCGGAGGGCGGCGCGCGCCCCUAGGGCCGCGGGCGCCUGCCCGACCUGGUGCCGUGAGCGCGCUAGCGGCCCUCCGCGCGCCGCGCUCCCCCGGCCCCUCGGCCUCCCCACGUCCCCCCGGCCCCAGCCCCAGCGGCCCCAGCGGCCCCAGCGGCCCCUAGCGCGCUGGGUGUGACGCGCACACAGCACUAACGCCCACCGUAACACGCACCGACGACAUUGCAUUUGUGAAAUAUACGUUUUAACUUUGGAGAAAAAGUCAAUUAUCGUCAAUUGUUAUAGGAUUCAAAAACUUAAUACAUUUGACUAUUUCGAUAAGAUUUUAUAGAACUUUACAAAAUGUUGCUGUUGACGUCUCGUUAAGAACAAAGAUCAUUUUGAGGUUAUAUUGCAUUCUUGUGAUUUCUAUAUUAAUAUUUGCUAUACAAUGUGUCGGUGGGUGCGCGGUGUCGGCGCAGAUAGAUGGAGCUUUACAUUUUUUUUGUCGUUUUGAUUAUUUCGUUAUUUUGUUUUCGUAUGCUCGUAUCAAAAUUAAAAUCUUUUGUUACGCUCCAAAGUUAUAAAAUCACUAUUUUCUUCUUUUUUUAACUUUAAAUUAAUUAUUUGGAUUUAUAGGUUUUUUGACUGAUAAUGAUUAAGUCUGAUUUACUUUAUGUAGCUAAGGACGGAUGAUUCGUAUCAUAUUCGAAGAUCAAGAUUCGUUAACAUCUGUCAUUAGUAUAUGUUUUAACGUUUUGCUUUAAGGUUAAUUUUAGGAGCGAUUGAGUUAGGUUUCGGCAGGUCAGCGGGCGCAGGGCGCACCUCGGACGUGAUCCAAAGAGCGUUUUUAUUUAUUCGCUUUUAAUUUAUCAGUAUGUUAAGUUGGGUUGUGUUGAGCGCGGGGCGUGUGGGGUGUGUGGGGCGUGCGGGGCGUGUGUGGGGCGUGUGGGGGGCGGCGGGCGGCGCGGCGCGGCGGCGGAGGCGGGCAGGCGACCUCUCGCUCUGCGAUACAUUCGCGUUUGUUCUGACUGGACCCGAGUGUCACGACUAGUGUAGUGACGAGUGGCUAUGACUACUGACGUAGUACUAAGUGUAUGUAAAGUUACCUCUAAUCCCGCGGUACAUCAAGUACUGUGUAUUUAUAUGUCCUUUACGUAAAUGUAUGUAUUCGUUGCUUCUCCUUCAGACAUGUUCUAGAAUCUCAUUCCAUUAUUAUUAUAAAAAAGCUUCUUUGGGGAAUUGAAAAUUGAAUUGUUGGAUAAACACAAUAUUUUCUUAUUAUAUUUAAUGAUUAAAUGUGUAAUUGAUUAACGAUAUGAAUAUUUUGUAACAUCUGCCUCUCGCAGCUGUAUCUAUAAACAAUUCAAUGUUCUCGGUUGUAUGUAAGUUGUAUGUAUGUGUGACUCACAGCCGUGUAUUCUCAUACGUUGGUUGCGGCUUUAAUUCCAUACUUUAUAAACUACAUGUAUUCUUAUGUGAUAAUUAUGUAGCUAUUUAAUGUAUUAUGUAUAAUGCUAUACUCCGACAAUGUAGGCCUCUACUAUAUCUCAAAACGAUACGCCUAUUAUUUAUAAAGUCAGUAAUUAGCGUAAUGUAUAGUUUAUUUUUGUAGUGACCUUAUUUAUUGAGUAUUACGGAUAUUGAUAAGUUUUUUUUGACAAAGAUUUAAAUACGAAAUGGUUUACUGACAUUUUUUCCGGUAUAACGACUUAAACGAAAUCUCGUAGAAAAAGUUACAUAUUAUACAAUAUAGAUAGUCUACAAGCCAAAAUGUGGUUAAAAAUACAUUUUGAUUUCAUAACGAUGUCAUUUGUGCUUGUCUUAUUCACUCGUUGUUUUGAAACGACUGUUAAUUAGCUGAACUACGAUGCAGAUAAUCGUUUUGAUUUCAAAGAUUAUUUUUUUGUGCUAUAAUCUAUGUUGUCUUCAGAACAUAUUUUUUUUAUUACAAUCAAUUGUCAAACUAUAAUUAUUUUAUUUCUAUAGAGAAAAAAUCACAUAGUUAUUUAAAUCUUUGUUCAAUAUGUAAGGUUUAUUUGUAAAUGCAUGCAGAAGGUGAGCCCGGCCGCGGCGAGGCUCAUGUAGACGACGUUCGCCGCCGCCACCGGACUCGGCCGAUCACUACAACUUCCGACAAACUUAGACCCGCUGAUCUUUAUAUAUGGACAGGCUAUAAAUGUUAUAUAUGUUAUUUUGUGCCUAUUUGGUAUUCACUAUUUUUUAGCGCUUGAUAAUUUAGAAUUAUCAGUAAUCAAUAAUCAACAGGCAUGUAAGUCGGACCGAAGAUAAACUCAUUUCCAAGCAAAUACCUAUCCAUUUAUAGAUGUCAGUGUCUGACCCCGAGGCUAUAAGUGGCACAAAAUUUUAAGCCAUUUAAUGACAAUGACCUAUCUAUCAAUAAAGAUCAAUGUACGGCCUGGUGGCUAUUAGCUAAUUAUAAGCUCAGUAGCGCCAUCAGUUAUUGAAA